AUGGCGGACUGCGAUCUAACCACCAAGAUAGCACAUUUUCUGGACCGGCAUCUGGUUUUUCCUCUGCUGGAGUUCCUCUCCGUGAAAGAGAUCUACAAUGAGAAGGAACUUCUCCAGGGAAAGCUGGACCUCCUCAGCGACACGAAUAUGGUGGAUUUCGCCAUGGACGUGUACAAAAACCUGUACCCAGACAAGGAGAUCCCACACUCCCUCAAGGAGAAGCGGAGCACGGUGGUGGCCCAGCUGAAGCAGCUCCAGUCGGAGACCGAGCCCAUCGUCAAGAUGUUCGAGGACCCAGAGACCACCCGCCAAAUGCAGUCCACCAGAGACGGCCGGAUGCUGUACGACUACCUGUCAGAGAAACACAAUUUCCGACAGGAGUACCUGGACACGCUGUACAGAUACGCCAAGUUCCAGUACGAGUGUGGGAACUACUCUGGAGCUGCCGAGUACCUCUACUUCUUCAGAGUUCUGGUUCCCUCUACAGACAGGAACGCUCUGAGCUCCCUGUGGGGGAAACUGGCCUCCGAGAUCCUGAUGCAGAACUGGGAAGCGGCCAUGGAGGACCUGACCCGCCUGAGGGAGACCAUCGACAACAAUUCGGUCAGCUCCCCCCUCCAGUCCCUCCAGCAGAGGACCUGGCUCAUCCACUGGUCCCUCUUUGUGUUUUUCAACCACCCCAAAGGCAGGGACAACAUCAUCGAGCUCUUCCUCUACCAGCCCCAGUACCUGAACGCCAUCCAGACCAUGUGCCCACACAUCCUGAGGUACCUGACCACAGCGGUCAUCACCAACAAGGACGUCCGCAAGCGCAGGCAGGUGCUCAAAGACCUGGUGAAGGUGAUCCAGCAGGAGUCCUACACCUACAAGGACCCCAUCACCGAGUUUGUGGAGUGCCUGUAUGUGAACUUUGACUUUGACAGCGCGCAGAAGAAGCUGAGGGAGUGCGAGUCGGUUCUGGUGAACGACUUCUUCCUGGUAGCUUGUCUGGAGGAUUUCAUCGAGAACGCGCGGCUCUUCAUCUUUGAGACCUUCUGUCGGAUCCAUCAGUGCAUCAGCAUCAGCAUGCUGGCAGACAAGCUCAACAUGACGCCCGAGGAGGCCGAGAGGUGGAUCGUCAACCUGAUCCGGAACGCCAGACUGGACGCCAAGAUCGACUCCAAACUGGGGCACGUCGUCAUGGGCAACAACGCAGUGUCGCCCUACCAGCAGGUCAUCGAGAAAACCAAGAGCCUGUCCUUCCGCAGCCAGAUGCUGGCCAUGAACAUCGAGAAGAAGGCGGCGCAUAGCAGCAGGAACGAGACACCCAACUGGGCAGCUCAAGACUCGGGCUUCUACUGA